CCGGCCGCGUGUUUGAGUUGCUACCGUCACCCUAGAGCGUGGACACAUCCGGGUCGUGCAUCAGCUUCGUCUUGCUACCUGUCCGAACGAGAACUGCGAGCUGACUAGAGGCUGACGAACAAGCGGUCCACUGCCAAACCCACGACAAGUGACACAUUGAAACAACAAACCUCGGUUGAACGGUUGUCCAAGCACUGCGUUUGUUCUAUCACGGCGGCUCGAUGGACGAUCCAGUGAACAACAUCGAACACGUAGGGGAUCAAAUUGCUGAUCCGGACAGCAUCCCCGACUCGGACAAGCUGACGGGCGAGGAGUCCGGGGAAGAGGAGAAGGGCUCAGGCCCAGCAUCCGAGUGGCGUUGGCCGAUUGAGAUUCUGUUCAGGCAACCCAUAUACUCCAGCGAUACGGGUCCACGAUUGCCACAAGAGCUUAUUGAGCGUAUCUGCGAAUUCCUCUGGGACGAACCGGUCCAGCUAGCGGUUAGCUGCACGCGCAUCUGCCCCGCUUGGUAUCAUGCUGCACGGCGAGUUCUGCGACGACAUUCGAUCACCUGGCGAGCCCGAGAAGCCCUGCAAGACUAUGCGCAUACACUCAUAUCCCAUCGUAAUGCACCAUAUCGCAAACGCUUCCGGGAAUUGGGGAUCUACGACAAUGCCAGCAAGCCGUUCGCGCACGUUUGGCCUAUGUUCAUUCGUGGAUGGAUACUGCCGGGACUGCGUUCCGUAACCCUCGAGGACCUUGACUGGUCAACCAAGCCACCGCACAAUAGCUUCUUCAUCUACCUGUCUUCUUACACCAGUGUCUCGAGCCUACAGAUGUACGACUGCAGGUUUCGCAGUCUGCCGGAUCUUCGCAGGGUGAUCAAUGCCCUUCCCAACCUUACGUCGCUGCUUCUCCGCAACGUAACAUUACAGCACCCCCUCAGACAGAGGUUGGUCCCCGACUACAUCACUCUCCGAGCCCGUUCACUCAAGCUCGAGUCUAUUAUUCUCCACGGUUCCACACCAGAACAUCUUGACGUGUCCGACGUGUCCUCGGACUACGAAGAAACAACGGCCCUCGGUUGUCAAGCUCUGCUGCGUAUGGUAGUCGCGAACUCAUCCACUGUUACCCGCCUCGCCCUUGACCUACGAUUCUUUACUUCGCUCUCAGCUCUUCGGCAAUGCCUAGCGCAUUUCUGCUGCCUGACCUCAUUCAAAGCACAGUACCAAUUCACCUCGAACCCUAGUAUGGUCACAUUCGAGGAGACGAACCCUGCGUAUACGGAGAACACAUCUACACACUCAUGGUCAACGUUUACCCUUAUGGACGUCCCCGAUCGAUCCGCACUGCAGCUUCUGCAGCUGCUCAGUACCCCUGAUACGUGCAGCAAACUGGAGGAAUUUAAUAUCUAUCUUACAGGCCGGCCAUCCGCCACACUUCUAUCAUGUACUAGCCGCGUGCUCCAUCCACUCGGACAUCGGCUUAGGAAUCUUGUGUGGGGAUGCUCGGUGGACCCAGACGUCGAGGUUACUCCAUCACUCAAAGGGAAUACGUCUCUGCAAAGCUUGCGCAUAAUCCUUGAGGACGUUGCCCCAUCGCCACAGAAGAUACACCGUGCUCUCACCGCCAUGCUAUCAGACAUCGUCAGCGAGGACCUGCAGCACGUGUAUAUUGCCCUCACUCUAGCUCACCUCGAGGUGCUUCCCCAGAAUUAUGGACGGACGGCCGCGGUGGUAGAUCCUGCGGAGUCCAUCUCUGCCUUUCACACCAUUCUCUCGCGCGAGAUAUUCAACGGGCUUCCGCUGCGCACUAACAACAGAUGCGUAGAGGUCGAUUUCGACGUCGGAAACAUACAGGACAAUCCCGCCGUGGUAGCCACGAUCAAAGCGUACAUCAUUACCCUGUUUGCGCCGUGGUUGGAACGCGCAAUUGUGAUAUUGAUGUUCCAUUCAAACUUUCACAGUGGCACUUGGGAGACUAUCACUAGUGUUCCUACGUCCGAGGACACAUCGAGCGAUCACGGAGGCGAGGUCGUCGAAGAAAGCAAAAUCGUAGGCGCGAGACUGUAGAACGAAGCUCAUGGGGGAAUGAGAGCGACGGACGCUGGAGUGAAGGGAUCGGGCGAAUGCCGUUGGUCAUGCAGGACAGCUGCACUGGGUCGUACAAUCCACGGUCAGGUAUUCAUGGA